AUGGCAGGAAAACCAUCACUUUUGAAAGUAAUUCUCCUUGGAGACGGUGGAGUUGGGAAGAGUUCUCUUAUGAACAGAUAUGUAACUAAUAAGUUUGAUAACCAGUUCUUCCAUACAAUAGGUGUGGAGUUUUUAAAUAAAGAUUUGGAAGUGGAUGGACAUUUUGUUACCAUGCAGAUUUGGGACACGGCAGGUCAGGAGCGAUUCUGGAGCCUGAGGAUGGCAUUUUACAGAGGCAUAUAUUCUGCAGAUGUGAAAGAGCCUGAGAGCUUUCCUUUUGUGAUUCUGGGUAACAAGAUUGAUAUAAGCAAACAGCAGGUGUCUACAGAAGAAGCCCAAGCUUGGUGCAGAGACAACAGCGACUAUUGUUACUUCGAAACAAGUGCAAAAGAUGUCACAAAUGUGGCAGCAGCCUUUGAGGAAGCGGCUCGAAGAGUUCUUGCUGCCGAGGAUAGGUCAGAUCACUUGAUUCAGACAGACACAGUCAACCUUCACCGAAAGCCCAAACCUAGCUCAUCUUGCUGUUGA